AUCACUUGCGUCGUAAUUGUACUACGCAGUAGUGCGGAAACGCUGAAGCGAAUUUCAUAUGAUUAUUGAUAAAAGUUUCAUAGGAGCGAAAAUAGAGUUAAGAAUUUGAAAACAGUGCUACGUGAAGUGGGCAGUGAAAAAAAAGAUGGCACCGUACUCUUCGUUGGUGAAUAUCUCCAGUCUUCGAAGGAUUGUUUCAAUACAAAGUUUCAGAGGCUUUUGGACUUCGAAAGCCUUGCGAAUUGAUCAAGCGCAAAAGGUUGCAGCGCAUGAUGCUGAGUCAGAAUCAUCAGCCAAUGAAAGCGAUGGGGAAUAUGAAAAGAAUAUUAAAACCAAGAUCCUUAGUGCCGCCAUGGCUUUUGUACCUGACCUUGGAUGGAGCAAGCGGGCUAUCAGCGCUGGCGCUGAAUCCAUUGGUUAUCCUGGGGUGAUUCACGGCAUGUUCCCAAAUGGCGAAGCAGAUUUAGUUCAACAUUUUUAUUCCACAUGCAACCAAAACCUCGCUCAGCAGCUUAAAGCCGAAGCACUAGCUAUCAAAGAAGAUUCUUCAAAGGCCAAGAAGUCCCCUGACCUAUACGUGAAAGAUGCUCUGGAAACAAGGCUCAGAAUGUUAGUGCCAUACAAAAAAAUUUGGCCCCAGGCUAUGGGUCUAAUGGCAUUGCCGCCAAAUGUUCCAACAGCCUUAGCAAAUUUAUUGACGCUAGUUGAUGAUAUCUGUUACUAUGCUGGAGAUAGAUCCGUGGAUUUUAACUGGUACACAAGGAGAGUAAUUUUAGCUGGAAUUUAUAAAGCUACAGAACUGUACAUGUUGCAAGACAACAGCCCUGAUCAUCAGCAAACUUGGCAGUUCUUGCAAAGGCGUAUUGAAGAUGCAGCACAGCUCCAUCGAAUCCUAUCAACCGCACCUGGCCCACCUGAUUUGAAUCAAGCAACAGAAGCAGCAACUGCUGCAUUUGUCACGGCACGAAAUAUACUCGGGCUUAAUUGGAACAGAUAGGACCUAUUCGCAUAAGUAUUAGUGGAGCUAAAAUAUGUAAUGUACAUAAAUUAUUAAAAACAGUAAUUAAAAUAUUCCUGUUGUCACACAAA